CCUCACCCGACCGUACUACACGCGUGUCUCCUAUCCUUUUACGCACAGGGUUACAAAGGCACACAUAUCCUUUAACACAGACCACCGCAGGGCAUUCAGCAUACAGUAACAAGAACACGCAGACGAUACAGUCAUGUCCCUUCCAAGAAAGCGCACUUGGGAGGAGAAAUGGGCACACGACAGCGCGCUCUUGCCCUAUCCCCGCGAACCGAAUGAGGUCAUGCAGGAGCGAUUGGACCUCUACCUCAGGAGGCUCGCGCAGGCGACCCUUGCGAAAGACUAUGAUCCUGGCGUACUCCAGGCAGACGCAAUGAUCGUAUAUUGGAUGUCGCUUAAGUAUGAACUACCGAAAGAGAAGCGUGUGGCGAUGUGCAAGUUGUACUACGAGCUCAUCGUGCAGCCUGGCAUCCCAUACCCACUCGUGUCUAUGUCCGUCGACCGGUUAGGCACGUUAAUGAGGUCGAAGAAUGACAUCACUAUUGAUGACAUCCGCCUUCCUUGGAAACCUAUCUAUGCGUAUCUGAAGAAGAACACCUUCCUCAACCGUCGCCAGUUCGAGCUAAACUCUAUGCCCCUUCAGUUUGGUAACCUUGCAGAGACGUGCAAGCGCUUCUUCCAUCCGAUCGAAACCGACGAGAUGUUGGAUACCUUCCUGCCUGGCAUCAUAGGCGCGCACCUUGAUACUCUGUUAGAAGCACAGUACUACAUGAGCGCCUUUCUGCCUCUCACACAUCCUACUUCAUGGAUGCCCAUGAUUUUCAAGCUGUGGGAGGCGUUCAACUCAAGCGUUUGGGAUGCGCGGUCUUUCCAGAUGCUGUCUCAGGUUGCAGAAUUGCACGUUGACCCUACCGUCAGCGAUCCCAAGCGGGUUCGGGAGAUCCCCGAUGACGCAAGAGAGGGCCGGAAGCAGCGUAUUGUAUGGGAGAAAGACCCGGUGCCCAAGGGUGCGUGGAAGGGUCUGUUCAAGGAUGUGGGGAUCUUCGAUGAGGAGCAGUGGAACUUCAUGAUGAUCAAGUGUUUGGCCACAAUGAGCAUUCCUCUGGCAGAUACAGGAUCCCUCGCCACCGGGACAUCUACAGAUACGCAAGCCAGUUUCGAGAUUGGGCGAUUACCGCCUCCGGUGUGGGAGAUCCAUUCCCUCGCACGGAUCAUUGUCUAUUCCAUGUCGAGAGAUGGACCCGCAUCCGCCUCCUCGGGAUUCUCCACCCCGGAAAUCCUCACACCUGGUCCUUCAGGACACAAGACCAAUGGUCUCCUCCGGGACCUGUUCAAGCCUCACCACGAGAAGGUCAAGACGUAUCUCGCGGGCUCCAAAGCGCUCGAUUCGUUUGCACGACUCAUCGUGUCCACCGAGUCGUUCUUUCAUCCAAGCAAUUCCGGUUCCUGGACAGGCAACCUCUGCGCGUUGGUGCGGCAUGUUGUCAACCAGUUUUCGAAGCGCUGGGCGGAGGAGCAGGAUCCGGAGUGUAAGACUCCGUUGUUCAGAAGGCUCACUACAGACAUGAGAAGGGAGUUGGUUGUGACGGUUAAGACCGUUGUCCUCUUGGCGAUGUUCUCGAAAGACCCGACAAUCUUCGAUCAUGUGAUGAGCACCAUCAAGUGCAUUUGCUCUAUGGAACCUGAGAUAAUGAUCGAGCCUAUCUUGGAGCGCGCAGCGGAUGCGUUGGAAACUCUGGUGGAGACUGAUCGCACUACCGCUGUUAUCAGUGCUCUCAGUGCCUGUGGUCCAGCGCUCGUCUCUCGAACUAUCUUUCCAGCUGGAGCCAAACACUUACUUACAAUCCUUGAGCUCUGCGUACCUGGUAUCGAUCUUAACGACCCCACAAAGACUCAAUUGACCACCAGUUUCCUGCUGGAAGUGCUACAGCAUAUCAAGAUCGGGGAUCUCACAGUUCCUGAAAUGCCUAUGGAAAAUGGUGCUGGAGAAAGCGACGAUGAGAUGCAGACUGUUCGGUCCCCGACAAUACCCAAAGUCUCUCUCGAAACCAUCGCUGACGGUGGCGAUCCCAUGUCACCUAUCGUAGAAGUGGCGGGCGAAAGCGACGAAGAUAAGCUUCUGCGAGAAUCGACAUCUCGCUUCUCCACGUGGCUAUCGAGCUUUUUCGGACGAGUGUUCCUGAUGAUGGACAAUCUCCCAGAAGACCCGGAGGGGGCAUCAGAAGACCCCUUGCUAGAGACCGUGUUCGCUGUUUGCAAUCAGAUCUGCACCCAUUUGUCCGAACCGCUAUUUGAUUUCGUUCUGAAUCUCGUCUUUGACUACGUGACCCAAAACGUUCGCCCCAAUGCGGCAGGCAGCAUCAAUAGCUUGAUCGCCUGUGUUGCCAAUGGUAAUCCUCCGAAAUCCAUGGCGCAGUUCCUGCCCCAUUGCGAGCGCGUCAUUCGGUCUGAGUUAGAGAACGGCGCUAGCUCAAUACGAUCAACACAAUGGGGACAACAACGCUCUUCAGACGCCACAUUCCAUUGGAACCUUGGAUUACUAAGGGGUCUGAUGGAUGGAAACGGCAAGAGCUUGCUUCCCUACAAAGAAAAUCUCCUAUCACUCUUGCGAUUAUUGCGGGACAAAACAUACUCGAAGCAUGGUUAUACGUGGACCGGCGAGCUAUUGUCCGAUUUGCUCCUAGCAUUGUCGCAUACAUAUCCCCAAAAUACCUGGUUUGUGAAUAGGGAAACAUGGGAAAGUGCUGACUUCAAACUGAAUCAUCAUCGUUAUUGGGGCAAGAACUACGCGCCCCAGGACGUCAAAGUCGAGUGGCACGUACCAAAUGAAGGCGAAGUCGCUCUCUGCAUGCAGAUUCUCCAAGAAUUGGUACAGCCUACCCUGGCCACUUUGAAGUCGCUGUUCGACGAAAGUGUCGAACGGGAUGCUGUGUGGCGUAAUGAUGUUUGUCGGUUGUUCUGUUUCGUGAGAAAUGGCUUCACAGGGAUACAAACACUUUGGAAAGAGCACGUAUCAAUGGAGGAAGCUAUUGCUGUCUCAGCUAUUGGUGACGUGUUGGACGAAAUACCCGAAUUCAUUACUCAUGGAAGUCCGAUUGAGUCUGGAUUCCCUCUCUCCGACGAGCAAGAUCCCCGGUGGCAAUAUAUCGCUAAUUUGAAAGAAGAUUUCGGAAACUUCGUUCACCGGGCAUCUAUGUUCUUGCGACAGCACGGUGACGAGAAUGCCGUUGAUCCUGUAGCAAUGAUUGUAUUAUCGAUAGCCACCUUCUUCCUGGAAUAUGGUGAGGCGGCCGAAGAUUAUAAAACUGUCCAGGAGAAGUAUAACAACGAGAAGAGGAUUGCACGGUUGGUGCCUGUUCAGAAGUUGUGGCCACGUAUGGUUUGGGUUCGUCGGGCACGUCUGCUGCAUGCUGGGAGGCUACGCUGGAACAGUUUGGACCGGCGGCAAAGCAAAUUAGAGCGCGACUUGGUAAUGGAUGUUUUGGAGUGGAGCCUUUGGUCUUUCCCAACAAUCAGGGCAGCGGCCCAAAACACACUUUCCUUGAUCUGCGUAGGUUUCGACGGUGUGCGAAAUCAGUGUUUCCCAACGCUGUAUCAUGCCCUACAACCUGGCAUAGACGCCGAUCGAAUGAAAGGGGCGCUGUAUACACUUAACUUGCCUAAUUUUGCUCGCUACGCGUGUUCAGAGCCUCAGAAAACCCCCGAGUUUGUGGAGGCACUUUUUGGAUGCCAGCAUCAAGAAAAGCCUUCUAUCCAGAGCUGCGUAGCCGCGCUAGCCGAUAACGCCAUCGGUACUAUUGCCGAACCCAACAAUCUCAUCUAUCUAUUGGAAACACCAGGGCCGGAUAACGCAGCUAAACAGCUCCUUCGUGUUGUGCUACCUGAGGUGGAGAGUGAUGUGCUGAUCAAGAAAUGCCUUGAGAAUCGAAUCAUGAGAAUGCAGAAGAUUGAAAAGGCCAUCCAAGAUACAGUAGACAUCCUCCUGCGCGUUGCCACCAGCCCGAAUACACACUGGAAAUAUUCGAUCCUGGCAAUACGAUUUUUACGUACGUUGACCCGGCGGGACCAACCAGCCAACGCAGUUUGGACGGAAUGGCUCUUCAAAGCAGUGAUCAAUCCGAACCCUCGUGUACGGUACUAUGCCCAGAGAUCGAUUCAGAAAACCUUACGAUUUAUCAAAUUUAGGACGUUCUGUCCCACACCGUACGAUCUUACCAUCAGCAGGAGUCAAAACCCUUACAAGAAGAUUAUACACCCCAAGAAGACAAAUGAGUAUACCGCACAGUAUCUCCAAGCCUUCAAAACACCCAUAAGAGAAGACGACAUUCCUUACAUCGAGGUACAGGACAAAGCGUCCUCCGGUUGGAUUGCAUGGAGGAAUGAUGACACCCGCUACGUUUUCCCUCAACGAUCAAGACAUAUAUCGGAAUGGGAAGAAGCUUCCCGGCCGGCCGUGAAGGCCGUCUCCGCUGCUGUGCUGGAUGAGGCAUUUUGGAGGCAAUACGCGGCCUAUUUGAGCGAAGAAACUCAGGCAGAAUCUACCAGUCCUGACGCCAUCUUUUGCAUCAAGUCUAUUUUCCAGCUCAUAGGUGAUGCACCAUUAGCGACGAUGAGACCUGUGCUGGACGAGCUUCUUGUUGCCGAUGACAUGAAUAAGCAGCGAGCCGCUGCUGAGUUCCUUGCGGGAGUCAUUACGGGAAGCAAGCAUUGGGCGCUUGACAGCCAGAAGGCGCUGUGGGACUGGCUGAGAGUCCAGCUUCCAACGACAUUCAAAUCGAUCAAGACAGACACCCUUGGUAUUUGGUGCUCGUUCAUAACGACAAUUGCAACCAACAGGGAUCCUCGUCGUCAACAACCUCUUGUUGAUUAUAUCGUUGCGAAUGGGUUGGAGGUCGAUUUCAACGAUCAAUCAUCCUUUGAAGUGGUCAAAAAGGAAAGCUUCGUUCGGGCGAUUGAUGCAGAUCUAGGCUGGCGUUUUUCAGCUUGGGCUGACAAUUUCUUUGAUCGCUAUUGGGAAGAAGUUGGUAGCCAGCAUGAAGAAGUACGGACUUACAUCUCGGAGGCAUUCACACUAUAUGUCAAGCUAAAGUGGCGACCGCGAGUAUCGGUCCCGACCGCAGAAGCGUUUGUCCGUGAAUGCCGAGAUCCAUCUCCGCAGCGAGAUGUGAUGGGUCUGCAGAGCGGCUAUAAGCUGGAUGAGUUCCUCCAGUUGAUAGCCCAACUGCCAAAAUGGCGAGAGGAGCGAUUACAUGGUGCGAUGGCUCCGUACUCGACGUACGACAAGGUUGCCGGCACUCUUGUACGUUUCUUAUUUGGCAUGUUGCAUGACAUAAAUGCGGCAAUGGCUUUUCAAUAUAUACUCCCCAUGAUUCCUGAGCUCUUCCGGAUGCUUAUCAUGGAGGACUCUACGGAUCUGGCUGCUCGAUCUGCAAUGCUGCUGAUUCGCAUGAACGGCGUUCCGAUGCCCCGGAACACUCUUUCAUCUGUGCUCAGCACGUUGUUCGAUGUGAUCCGCACUUCUACAUCUUGGAAGGUCCGGCUAUACGCCAUUCCUGGACUUCAGGUCCUGUACUUCCGGCAGCUGCCCUCGUUAUCAGACGAGACGGUGGAGGAUAUCCUGUCAGUCUUGGAGGAGUCGCUGAUGGACGAAGUCGUGGAGGUCCGUCAAGCAGCGUCUGACACACUAUCUGGCAUCCUUCGCUGCUCUUCGCGUCACAGCGUGAUCUCAUUCAAAGACCGCUUUGUCUUCCGAGCCGAAGCGACGCCCAUCCCACCCCGCUCCGAUCCCAACUUUGCAAUCGCCGUGCGCACCGUGCACUCUGCCAUCCUGGGUAUAUCUGCGCUUCUCGGCGCAUAUCCGUACACCGUACCCAGCUGGUGCCCGGAGCUCAUGAUCUUCUUGGAGAAGCAUGCAUAUGAUCCUAUCCCUAUCUCAACCACUAUUACCGAGACUGCGAGGAUGUUCCGUAAGACGCAUAUUGAUACGUGGCGUGAGGACAAGGACAAGUUUAAUGAGGACCAGCUUUCGGCGUUGAGCACGCUCAUUACUGGGUCAUCUUAUUAUGCGUAAACAUAGUUCUGCAUGUCGUUGACAAUGCCCUGUACACCCCACUCUAGUGGACAACCAUUGCAUGUAUACCCGAUUAUACCGAGUUCAUGUCAUACACUGCUCCUUGCAUUGUACUGUAUCGCAUCGUUCGAAUAGUAGAUGUUAAUGCC